AUGGAGAUCCAACAUUUUGCCUACUCCGGUAAGCUCAGCUUUAGGGAGGCGGAUGGGGAGAUUGAAUGCGUCGGGUGCCUGGAUGUCAUUAACGGUCCAGCUUAUAUUUCUGAAGAAGACAAUUUUGCGAUGCACAAAGUAUGUGCUGAAAUGCCACCUCUAAUACAAAAAGAUGCUUUUCACCCCCAUCCACUCAAAUUCAAAUUGAUAGACGUAAUUGUGUGUGAUGCAUGUAGCAGAUUGUUGUUUAGUUACAUCAGUUACAGGUGCAUGUACUGUGAUUUCAACAUCGAUUUUAGAUGCGCUAAAGCUAUUAUAAAUGAUGAGAAUAAGAUAGAAAAACGUGAUGAUGAGGAUCUCCAAAGGACCCGAACUCUCCAUUUCUGCCACCCACAUCAACUGACCCGUUGCAAGGUUUCGCCAAUGACCGAGUUUGGAGAAGAUAUGAUUGAAAACAUAUGGGAGCCAAAUAAGUUGAAGUGCGUGGCAUGUAAAUGGAAGCUCCAAGAUACACAGACUUUCAUGUGCCUUCCUUGUAAAUUUAUCAUACACGAAUCAUGUAUGAAUGACUUGCCGAUGCAAGUUCAAAGUAGUCUGUUUCACCCUCACCAUAUUCUUCACCCUCGACCUUUCUUUAAUGCAGGGGGAGAAGUUCGAUGUUAUGCUUGUAGGAAGAAAGUUAAUGGUUUCAGCUUUUAUUGUAAUAAAUGCGAUGUUGACUUGCACGUUUCAUGUGCCAAGUAUCGAACUCGUGCUACAAAGCAUAGUUGUCAUCCUCACAAUCUUCUACAAUUGGGGAAGAGCAUUAUCAAAGGGAUAUCUUGUUGUGCAUGUGGUCGUAAAAAUUACAAUGACUCCCUUUUCAGUUGCAGAAAGUGUGAUUUCAAUGUACAUCCUAAAUGUAUACCACUACCGUCUAGUUUUGAGCAUAAACGUCACUUGCAUUCACUUGCACUUGUAAGUCCUUUUGCUGAAGAUAAUUCAGAAGAUUAUUAUUGCGAUAUGUGUGAGACAGAAAGAAAUCCAGAAAUUCAUGUUUAUUAUUGUGUGGAAUGCAAUUAUAUUGCGCAUAUUGAUUGUGUCCUUUCCGAGGUACUUGAACCUCUGGAAGAGAUACUUUUAGAUGCUCAAAGAAUGGAAGAGAACUUUGAUAAGGGAAGUUUGAGAUUGGAGAUGAUGCUAAGAGUUUCUUUCCAUCCUCAUGCGUUGAUACCAAGUGGUGGUGAUGAUGAUGAUGAUGAUGAUAAAGAAACAAUAUUUGUGUGUGACAGAUGUGAAGAACUAUGUAUUGGUUCUCGUUAUUGCUGUAAACUUUGUUCUUUCAACCUUGACAGUAGAUGUGCUACUUCAAAAGAUGAAACCCCAAAAGAAAGGAGUAUCAAAACCAUAGUCAACCAUUUUAGUCACAUCCAUCAAAUUACACGAUGCAAGAUCGGGAUUUUACAAAGCCAUCCAUACUUGGAUUUGAAUUGCAUGGCAUGUAGACAACGCCUUUGUGGUAUAAUAUAUGCUUGCACUCAUUGUUUAGAAUUCUUUGUACAUGAAUCCUGUCUCAAGCACAUGCUGAUGGAAGUUCAGAGCUUGUUCCACCCACAUCCUCUUCACACAUUUCCAUUCAUACCCAACCAACGAGAGAUAUGCGAAGCUUGCGGUGAUUAUGUUGAGCACCUAGUUUUUAGUUGUCCACAAUGCGACAUCUCCAUGCACUAUUCAUGUGCUAAGUAUCAAUUUCGUAAGAUAAAACAUAAUUUCCAUGCCGAUCACCAUCUUCUACAUUUGGGGAAAGGCUUUUUCGGUGAUGAGUCUCCCCUAUGUACUGAAUGUGGUCUAGCUUGUAAGGAUACAUUGUUCAACUGCCGCAAGUGUGGGUUUUACAUACAUCUUGAAUGCAUUCCACUACCAUCUAUCGUCAAGCACAAACGUCAUUUGCAUCCACUUGUACUCACAACUAUAGUGACUGAAGAUAGUUCUGAAGAAUACUAUUGUGAUACAUGUGAAACACAAAGAAAUCCAGAGCAUGACAUUUAUUAUUGCGAAGAAUGCAACUAUACAUCACAUAUUGACUGUGUGCUUUCAGAGGUUGAACCUCCAGAAGAGAUACUUCAGUUUCUAACUCCACAUUCAAAGGAAAGUGAUUGUGACAUCAAUGGAAAAUAAUUCUUUGAACAUUUGCAAGUAAGUUUAUUAUAUUUAAACUAUGUAAUUUGGCAUGUAGUUUUUAACUAAUACUUAAACUUUCAUCAUUUCAUUUAAAUUGUAUAUUUCGAAAAUUUAAAAACAUAGCUUCUUAUAUCCCAAAGAAUAAAUUGCA